AUGAAAAUAAAAUUUAUUAUUUUAAUUUUAUUUAAUUUAAUAUUUAAAAUUAAAUGUAAUGAUGAUUUUAAAUACUAUGCAGCAAGAACUGAUACAAGAAGAUGUGAUAAUUAUGAAAAACCUGGAUGUGGUGGUUAUUUUGUAAAGGAAUUAAAUACAGGUAAAGAAGAGAUGGAAAUUUAUGUUUCAGAAAUUAAUCAACAAGAUGAUAUUGGUGUUGUAAAUGAAAAUAAAAUUAGAAAUGCUCCACCUUAUCAUAUAGUUUUUAGAGGUAUUUUAAAUAGAGAUUAUCAAAACGAUGUUGAUACUGCAGAAGCUCACAAUAUCUAUAGAUUAAUGCCAAUGCCUGGUAAAACUUUCAAUUUAACAAAAGAUACCCAAUUUUAUACUUUGGGUAAUCCUCAUAAUUUAUUAGUACCUCAAUUAAAUGAAAAUGAUGAAAAAAAUAGAUUUAAAACACUUGUAUAUCAAGAUUAUCCAAAAAAUGUUAAAAAUAUUCAAACAAAUUGGAUGGAAUAUUUAAUUAAUACUGGAAAUUCCGUAUUUACUGUAAAUUCAGUAACCAUAACAAAUAAUGAAACAAACUCUGAAUAUUAUGAUGAAAAUUAUGAAAUUAUAAAAAAUGUAGAUUGGAAACCAAAAUAUGAAUAUAAUAUUGAUAAUUUAUUUAUUAGUUUAACAAAUUCAAAUAACUGUCCAAAGAAAAUUCAAGAAAUUAGAUGUGUAUCUGGUUUAAUUGCAACAUAUGUCAGAAGUUUUAAUCAUUGUUAUAUUUUCUUUGAAUGCGCUCCAAUAUCACCAGAAAAAUGUAGUUCUUCAAUUGCCCCAAGUUGUCCAAAGGGUUAUAGUUUAACUUCAAUACCCUCGUAUCCAAAUGGUUGUUUAGUUUUUUAUUGUGACCCUUCAUUUUUAUUUUUUAAUUAUUAA